GCAUUCAGCGCUCAUUAGCACAUCGCUCCAGCAGCAGAUCUCACAGCGGCGGCGGAAAGACAGGGAACAUCCUGAAGGGAGGACGUAUGUCGAUUCGCCGAGUUGCCUGGGAAAUUGAAUGAAACGCUGCAAGGGACGGCUUUUAGAUAUUUUUAGGGCCUGCCAAUUAGGGCUCCGUUUAGUGUCGCUUACAUCGGUUUUUCGUUCACUGUGAAAUAGAGCCUUUUAUUUAUCCCACAAGAUGGGCAAUCGGGGAAUGGAGGACUUGAUUCCUCUGGUAAACCGACUGCAGGACGCGUUCUCUGCCAUCGGACAAAAUGCCAACCUAGACCUUCCUCAGAUCGCAGUGGUCGGCGGUCAGAGUGCUGGGAAGAGCUCGGUAUUGGAGAACUUUGUUGGGAAGGAUUUUCUGCCUCGUGGCUCUGGUAUUGUCACUCGGCGCCCCCUAGUGCUACAGCUCAUCAACUGCCCUACUGAAUAUGCAGAGUUUUUGCAAUGCAAAGGGAAGAAGUUUACCGAUUUUGAUGAGGUUCGUCAGGAGAUUGAGGCAGAAACAGAUCGCCUCACUGGUCAAAACAAAGGCAUUUCACCAGUCCCUAUCAGUUUGCGUGUCUAUUCGCCUCAUGUUUUGAAUCUCACCCUUGUGGACUUGCCUGGUAUGACCAAAGUGCCGGUAGGUGACCAGCCACCUGACAUUGAGUUUCAGAUCAGGGAUAUGCUAAUGCAGUUUGUGACUAAGGAGAACUGUUUGUUGCUGGCUGUGUCUCCGGCUAACUCUGACCUGGCCAACUCAGAUGCCCUCAAGAUUGCCAAGGAGGUGGACCCUCAGGGCAUGAGAACUAUAGGUGUGAUCACUAAAUUAGAUCUAAUGGAUGAAGGAACGGAUGCACGUGACAUCCUGGAGAACAAGCUUCUUCCUUUACGCAGAGGCUACAUUGGGGUUGUGAACCGCAGCCAGAAGGACAUUGAUGGCAAGAAGGACAUCAAUGCUGCAAUAGCAGCGGAGAGGAAGUUCUUCCUCACCCACCCAGCCUACAGACACCUGGCUGAUCGCAUGGGGACUCCCUACCUGCAGAAAGUUCUUAACCAGCAAUUAACUAACCACAUCCGAGACACUCUGCCAGGACUGAGGAAUAAACUUCAGAGCCAGCUGCUCUCUAUUGAGAAAGAGGUGGAGGAGUACAAGCAUUUCUGUCCCGAUGAUCCUUCUCGCAAAACCAAGGCUCUGCUACAGAUGGUGCAGCAGUUUGCAGUUGAUUUUGAGAAGUGCAUUGAGGGUUCAGGAGAUCAGGUGGACACAGUGGAGCUGUCCGGAGGUGCAAGGAUCAAUCGCAUCUUCCAUGAGCGCUUCCCCUUUGAGUUGGUUAAGAUGGAGUUUGAUGAGAAAGAGCUGCGUAAGGAGAUCAGUUACGCCAUCAAGAACAUCCACGGAAUCAGGACCGGUCUGUUUACUCCAGACAUGGCCUUUGAGACUAUUGUUAAACGGCAGAUUGCAAAGAUCAAAGAGCCGUGUCAGAAAUGUGUGGACCUUGUCAUCACUGAGCUGGUCAAUACAGUCAGGCAGUGCACCAAGAAGUUGGCUCAGUACCCCAUGCUUAGUGAAGAAAUGGAGAGGAUUGUCACCCAGCACAUCCGCGAUCGAGAGAGUCGCACUAAGAAUCAGGUCAUGUUGCUAAUUGACAUUGAGCUAGCCUACAUGAACACCAAUCAUGAGGAUUUCAUCGGUUUUGCAAACGCCCAGCAGAGAAGCAGUCAGAUGAAUAAGAAGAAGGCUGCUGGCAACCAGGAUGAGAUAAUGGUGAUCAGAAAGGGUUGGCUGACCAUCAAUAACAUUGGCAUCAUGAAAGGAGGAGCAAAGGAAUAUUGGUUUGUCCUGACCGCUGAGAAUCUGUCCUGGUACAAAGAUGACGAGGAGAAAGAGAAGAAGUACAUGCUUCCAUUGGACAACCUAAAGCUCAGAGAUUUAGAGAAGAGUUUCAUGUCAAGCAAGCUCGUGUUUGCUCUCUUUAACACUGAACAGAGGAAUGUGUAUAAAGACUACAGGCAACUUGAGUUGGCUUGUGACACCCAGGAGGAGGUGGACAGCUGGAAGGCAUCCUUCCUACGAGCUGGAGUUUACCCAGAGCGCAUCACUCAGAGUGACGCUAGUGAGGAGAACAGUUCAGAUGGCUUCAUGCACUCCAUGGAUCCUCAGCUUGAAAGGCAGGUGGAGACCAUCAGGAACCUUGUGGAUUCCUACAUGGCCAUCAUCAACAAGACUGUGCGGGACCUCAUGCCCAAGACCAUCAUGCAUCUCAUGAUCAACAACACUAAAGAAUUCAUCCAUGCUGAGUUGCUGGCUAACUUAUACUCAUGUGGAGACCAGAACUCUCUGAUGGAGGAGUCAGCAGAACAGGCUCAGCACAGGGAGGAGAUGCUGCGCAUGUACCACGCUCUGAAAGAGGCCCUCAACAUCAUCGGGGACAUCAGCACCACCACCGUCUCCACUGCCAUGCCCCCGCCGGUGGAUGACUCCUGGCUCCAGGUACAAGGAGUACCUUCAGGACGCAGAUCUCCAAUGUCUAGUCCCACUCCCCAGCGUCGGGCCCCACCUGGGCCCCCUCGUCCAGGUGCACGUACCGCCCCAGGACCCCUUACCGCUGGAGCACCUCCUGUUCCAUCCAGACCUGGAGCCUCUCCUGACCCCUUCAGCGGCCCCCCACCGCAGGUCCCCUCUCGUCCCAACCGCGCCCCACCAGGUGUCCCCAGAAUUUCUAUCAGUGACCAAUGAGGAGUCACGCAAAUGCCGUCCAAUCAAAGGAAGCCCUUCUCACAGUGAGAAUCCACAUCCUUCAUUUGGCUCUUAGAGUCAAUCAGCCUUCCUCCUCCUCUCUUUCUCUGUCUCUCCACUGCCUCUCUCUCUGUGCUUUUCCUCUGACCAAGUGCAUCCUGGCUUUGGAUGGAGCAGCAUGGAUGAAGUGGAUGAAAGAAAAGGCAGAAAGAUAAAUGAAGAAUUCGAGAGAGCUCGCUCCCUCUGUCUGAACUAUAUACACUAAUCACAUUGUAAUGGCCAUCUGAAUAAUACACCCAGUUUGGACUUGAGUCAACAUUAAAAAAAAGCUGCAAUGAUAUACUUAUUGUACUGCAGAUGCUUUGUGGUGCUUGUGUUUACUCACAAGACAAUAUCGACUCAAUCUAUUUAGAGAUAUAGAGCUAAAGGCGAAUCUGCCAUACUAAGCUUAAAGAAAAUACCUGUCUGCACACCAAUAUAAAGGAUAGCGGAUACACAACGUACUGUGGUACUGUGUGUGAAUGUAUUCUUCCUGAGAGUUUGAAGGUUAUUUGAUCCCACAGUGUUUGUUUCAGCCACAAUGUCUCCUGUAUUUUCCCUAGCAAACUAAUAAUAU